AUCUACCUCCUCGUCCCAUCUUCAAUCUACUAAUGAAAUCCAAUCCAGACAAGAAGUGGGAAUGCCCCCAGUGCUUCAAAAACUUCAAAUAUAGAUACCAUCUCCGUCGCCAUUCCGUCACGCAUGAGGUCGCUGACCCCGUCAAGUGUGAGAUUUGCGGCAAAACCCUGAAACAUCUCAUUGCGCUACGACCCCAUUUUUUGAACUCACACCGGAACAAACCUAAAUUACCUUGUCCAAUUUGUCACCAAAGCUUUGCCAGUGCCACUACUCUACGCCGGCACACAAGAACUGUUCACUCUACGACGGAGCGGGAACGAUUCCCCUGCUCAUUCCCAUCCUGUGAGAUAAAAUUCUCGAGGAAAGGUGGCGCUGAGGAACAUUUCAGGGUGUUCCAUUCCGAAAAUCCGACCCGGUAUUCGUGCACCUUAUGCAGGAAAGGGUUCAAGUCUAGACACGAUCUAAGCUGUCACAUUGCCACUCACACGACCGAGAAGACGCACAAAUGCUCCACCUGCGGAAAGAGUUUUAUCGUGAGGAAGGCCUUGAGGAGACACGAGUUCACUCACAUAGAGAAAUCUCACCGACAAGUUUGGAGAUGCCAUAUCUGUCCUAAAACGUUUUUGACCAGUCACGGGUUAAAACGUCACCUCCAGGGGAGCCAUGAAAACCAGGACAAGAUUAGUUACCCUUGCACAUUUUGCGAGAAAAGGUUCAAAUGGUGGGCCGGGUUGAACAAUCACCUCGUAGUGGCGCACCCAGCGAGGGAUGCUCCUCUCCAACACUGUCACAAAUGCGAGUACAAGACCUACUCCAAAUAUUAUUUAGCCAGACACAUGAAACGCCACGGUGUCAAGGGACAUCAAUGCUAUUUUUGUCGAAAGAGAUUCCACACUUUUCCAGAGUUAGUUGGACAUUGUGGAAGAAUUCAUAAUCUUGAGAGGUAGAAAUUUAUAAGUUUGUACGCAAUUAAAUCUCACUAUCCACCGCAAAUAAUGUCUAAAAUAGAGAAGCCACCAUCCAUACUUAUGAUUUGCAAGCAUACCUGUUCACAUUCAUUCGAAUAGUACGAAAUAAAUAAUGAAUGAGUGAAAAAUUCAUUAAAUAAAUGAA